AGUGCGUAUAGCCUGAAUAUGUCGGCUAGCUGAAAAUACGUUAGCCUGUUAUCAUGAUCAAGACGAUUUCGCUUGGUUAAGUUUGUCGUGCGAGAUAAAAGGUUUUCGAUGGUUUAAUAGAGCUUAUAAUCGUGGAAAAGAUAAGUCAAAAGGAGCAGGAUUUGAACGCGAAGAGUGAGAGAAGAUCUGUUCGAGGAUCGGCAUAUCGUACGGCGGUAAAAGUGAAAAAGUAGCGCGAGGCCUUAUGUCAAGUCAGCUAGGUGUUGGGAGGGCCAACGACGUGUGCCAAUAUGAAGAAGCUCUUUUCGAAGAUCGAAAACACGUCGAAGGAACCCAACAGUUAUUUAGGAAAGGUGUUCGUAGUUGGACGAUACACUGUAACCGUCGAAGAGGUCCUGGCGGAAGGCGGAUUUGCCAUAGUAUUUUUGGUCAAAGCUUCGACCGGGCGAUAUGCACUUAAACGUAUGUACGUGAAUAACGAACACGAUCUCAAUGUAUGCAAAAGGGAAAUACAAAUUGCUAGCAACCUGAGCGGACACAAGAAUAUUAUAGGAUAUGUAGAUAGUAGUAUCACACAUACAGGUGGAGGAGUUCACGAGCUUUUACUUUUGAUGCCUUAUUGUAAAUCUCAAGUUCUUCAGAUGAUGAACAAUAGAUUGCAGACUGGUUUUAAUGAAUCAGAAAUCCUUCAAAUUUUUUGUGACGUUUGUGAGGCUGUAUCUCGGCUACAUCAUUGUCAAACACCCAUUAUCCACAGAGAUCUAAAGGUUGAAAACAUAUUGUUUGCCGAUUCUGGGAAUUAUGUUCUUUGUGAUUUUGGUUCAGCAACAGGAAAAGUUCUCAAUCCUAGUAUUCUAGGAGCUGCGAUAGUCGAAGAAGAAAUUAAAAAAUAUACAACUUUGAGUUAUAGGGCACCGGAGAUGGUUGACAUGUAUUGCGGGAAACCUAUAACUACAAAAGCAGAUAUAUGGGCCCUAGGUUGUUUGCUGUAUAAAUUAUGUUUCUUUACUUUACCAUUUGGUGAAAGUACACUUGCCAUACAGUCUGGAAACUUUACAAUACCAGAUAAUUCAAGAUAUAGUAAAGCUCUUCAUUGUUUAAUUCGAUAUAUGUUGGAACCUGAUCCAGAUGUUAGACCUGACAUUUAUCAAGUUUCAGCGAUUGCUUUCCAAAUUCAAGGAAAAGAAUGUCCUGUUCAAAAUCUACAUAAAACUCCAACACCUACGUUAGAUUCUUUGCCAUGUCCUUUAAUGGAAAAUGAUAAUAUUAAAAGAUCAUCAUCUGUUAGAACUCCCAAACCUACGCCUGUUACAACUGUAGAGGGUACCUCUGUUACUCCUAGACAAAGACCAAAAGGACAAGCUGUGAGCACAGGUCCUAUAAACUUAAGUGGUCAAAUAGUAGGACAAAUAUCAGGGCAAGGUAGUCAAAUCCAACAACAAAACCCUGCUGGAAUUACUCUUCAACAAAUUACACCAAUGAAUACAACUUCAACUUAUUUAGGCCAAAAUGUACAAAAUAUUCAGACACUUCCAGUGAAUCCUCAACAAUCAUUGCAACUGUCCACGCAAUCGUCUUUUGGUCAAGUUUCACCACAUGUUUGUACUCCAAAUCAAAAUGUUUCUUUUGGACAGUCACAAGGCAAGCAAACACAAUAUAGUCAAUCGCAGAGUCCUAUGAUUAAUCAUUCUCCUAUGACUCGCCAAAGUCCUGUAUCUGCUCAAGAUAAAAAUUCAUAUUAUUUUGAAUCGAGGCAACACGAACAAAGAUCUACCACAAAUAUAAAUGAGGAAAACUUGGAAGCAUUAUUUCCCCCAUCACGCUAUCCAGAUCCUUUUAAGGAUGAUACUCGUACAAUGCCACCUCCUACAAAAAUACCACCACCUGUUGCACCUAAACCUGGAUCUACUAAAGUUUUGCAAAAACUAUCAAAUUCUACAAAUAGUUCAUCUUCAAAAGUCGUGCCUAUGACAUUACCAUCAAAAUUAAAUAUUCAAACUGGGCCUAAUAGAACAAGUUCAUCAACAACUCCACCAGUUUUGCCCAAACCUGUUAACAAGACAGAAAGUUUGAGCCAAAGUAUAAGCUCUAGUACAUCACCACCUGAUAGUCCAACUUCAAAUUCAUCGAGACAUAGAAGAAAUGUCAGUGAUACUAGCGCUUUCAAUAACGGCCAUUUCGAUGUUCACAGAGCGUUUGCAACUGAGACAACCCAAUUCUUAGCACCGUAUGAAGUUUCAGUCAAAUUGCGCUCGGAAGACAUAACAUCUCCUGAAGUACCAAUCGAUACAAAACCUUGUAUAGGAACGAGUGCCUCGCAUGUACGUGUUGGAGAGCUUUCAAGUUUGAUAGGAUCAGAAGGUAGAUCAUUGAAUACUGAAAUGGCUGCUUGGAAUCCAUUUGAAGAUGUGCAACCUUUUGGUCAAUUAACAGAAGAUCAUAUCUUUGGCGCUGAAUUUGAUAAAAUUCGAAGAGGUAGUAACACCAGCAUUAGUUGCGUAAAGAGUCGUGAAAGUCUCGUUAUGACUUAUUCUGAAUUACCUGAAGAUCCAUUUGAAUCAGCACCAUUCACUCUGCCAACAGGAAAGAAGAACAAAAUUGGAUCAAAAGCUGCAGCAGUUGCUGGAGGAAGGAUACAAAAUAAUAAUAUUAGGGUGCCUUUAAAACAAUGGAAUUCAGGGGUAAAACAGGAUGGAAUGGAUGAUGAAGCAUCAUUGCUUACCGAAUCUAAUCCCAUUUCUCCACCUUUUGUCCGAGCUCCAAUUGAAGAUCGUUCAAAAUAUGAAAAAUUAGCUUUUAAUGCAGAUGAAAUAUCAAGUGAUAGUGAUAAGGACGUAGCUCUAGAACGAGUGAAAAAGAAGAAAAAAAGAGUGAAAACCGUACUCAGUAGGAAGAAAAAAAUGAAUCAAGAUUUAAAUAAUACUAAUGUAGAAUAUGAAUCUGAUGAUUCCAUAGGUUCUGCUAGCGAUCUGAAAGCAAUAAAUGAUGAAGAGUGUAAUCAAGAAAAUGAUGAUGAACAAAAGAAAAUAGAUGAAACAAUCUCAGAAAGUGUACGUACUUGUGGAAGUUCAGCAUAUCAUGCAGAAUGUGAAUCUGUUGCAACGCAUGAAGAGGAAUAUAGAAUGAAAAAGACAAAAAAACAUCACCAUACCCAACACCUACCGACUAUUGAUUCAGAUCCCGUUGUAGGACAUCAAUAUGGAGAAAAACCUUUAUUAUUGGAUGAUGAAUUAGAUCCCGAAUCUAAACCAGAACAAUCUCAUGGAGAUCCAUUUGUUGGUUUCCAGUAUGGAUCAAAACCUUUGCUAUUAGAUGCUAAUAGUUCGUCGGAUGAAAAUGAUAAAUUAAGGUCAUUAAAUAAUGGUGUUUGGAAAAUAGAAGAUGAUGUAUUUGCAUUAGCACCAUUUCCAAGAUCUAGUAGCUCUAGAAAAAGUAGUGAUAGUCGUGAUAGCGGACGUAAACAUUUUGGAGAAAACAGUAUUACAAACUCUCCUCAAAAUUCAAAUUUGGUAACACCUAUAUCCAGUUCUCCAGUUACAUCAGAGUUCUUAGGGAAUGUAGAAAAUAAAACUCAAGCUGAAGUAUUAUCUGUAUUGCCUUCUAAAAAUCUCACGGAUAUAAAUAUGAGUAAAAACAAUUAUGAAGUAGUAGAUUUUACUCAUUCGGUUCAACAAUCACCAACCACAACUCUUCUUUGUACUAAUACUAAUGAACAGGAAGAUAUGGAGAAAGAUUUGUUUGGCUCUUCGCCUUUCAGUCCAAGUGGUUUUACAAAUCCCUUUAACAGUAUGCAACAAUAUAUAAAUGCUGAAACACAUGAUCAACCAAUCUCUGCAUUUAUAAAUUCACCUUCUUCUUAUGCUAAUUAUGCUAAUAUCACUUCGCGACCUUAUAGAACUCCAGAUAAUCAUUGUACAGGCAAUUCACCGAUUAUUUCUAAUUCUAAACUUGGUGCUGUGAUCAGUAAUACAGAAAAAUUGAAUAUGGAGUCUUCCAAAGAUCUUUUUGGAUCUGUACCUUUUGAAGAAUUUGCAAAUUUGCGAAUGAGUGAACAACAAAGGCCAACAUCUCUACCAUUAUCACAGUCUCCGAACUUUGUGAAAAAUUCAUUAAAUACUGUGUCAACAUGUAACAUACAUUCGUCAAAUGCUGUUCCAAUAAUACCAACAACACUACCAACGUAUACAACAGUGCAACAUACUACUACGAUAGCAGUUCAGGCAUUAAAUAGCAUUUCAAAAUUAAGUAUUACAUCGGAAUUAAUCUCUCCUAUGUCUCCAGAACCUUUAGUUACAGAUAAUCCAUCAAAGCAUAAGAAGGAUAAAUCAAAGUCCGAUAAAUCUAAAUACCAUCUUAUCAAUGAAAAUCAUGGUGAUGUUGUCAAUGUUCUACCUACUAAAAUAUCUCAUAAAGUUAAAUCUGCAUCUCAUAAAAAAAAUCUGAAGAUAAAAAAGGGCUCCGCAGCAACAUCUGGUUUCAGUAAUAUGAGUUUUGAAGAUUUUCCUAGUGAUGACAAUGAUGAAAAACAAGUUAGAACAAAAGUAACACCUUUCGAGGUAAUAAGAGAACCAGAAAAGAAAUUUGGUUCAUUAAAAAGACGAAGUAAUCCAUUUACCUGAGAAGAAAUACAGCUGACUAAUAGCCAAGGUAUUUAUUACUAAUAUGAGGAAGAGAUAUAUAUGCAUUUGAUUCUGUAUUUUAAUUAAACGUUAGUAUUCUAACAGAAAAUGUAGUCUCGAAAUAGUAUAAUGAUUUGUGUUACAUUGUGAAUAUGAUUGCACAACGUAAUUGAAAAUACAGUAAAAAUGAUUAAAGUUCUGGAAACAAAAACUAUAUAUGAUGAUAUAUAUGUUCAUUAUCAUAUAUGCGAUAUUUUGAUAUUUGAAAAAGAACUUAUUUAUUCAUAAUUUGAUAAAAAAAAAAGUUAUUGUUAUGGAUAAUAUAAUAUGUAUGAAGAAUUCAGAUUUGUGGAAAAAAUUAAGAUCUCAAAUUCGAGAGAUUCGAGAACUAUAAUCAUUCAAAAUAGUCUUGAAAUAAAAUUAUUAAAAAUUUUAUUUUAUAUUUUUUAAAAAAUAAAUAGAUUUUUAGUUGCUAAUAUUUAAAAACAAUUUAAUGGUAGAACCAGCAACAUAAUAUAAUAUAAUAUAUAAAGGCAGAAAAUACCAAGAAAUACAUAAGUGAAGAAAAAUUAAUUAAUAUUAUAACUAAUAAAUACAUUUAAUGUGGAUUUUUUUUCUCAAAUAUAUAUAUAUAAAUAUAUAUAUAAAUUUUUUUAUUUAAGUCUUAUAUUUUUUCACAAAUCAAUAAGAAAUAUUUAAUGUGAUAGCAGCAGGUAGCUGCAUAUGUGUAUACGAUAAGGCAUAUGCAAGUAUAUACAUAUAUUUAUGCCUGACUGACAAAUGGUGCGUUUUGUAAAGAUGACUUAUGCAAAUUGGAAAAUAUUAAUCCAUAUAAUGUCAUCUUUUAAUUACUUUUUGCAUUUCUAGAAGAUUUGUACAGGCAAAUAGAAUUAAGGAAGUAAUCACGUAAGUGGUAAUAUUAAUUUAUAUGAAGAUAUAUAUACUUUCCAAGAUGUUUUUAGACAAAACCAAGUUAAAACUUGGCAGCUCGAUACCAAAAAAAGAAAAGCAAAAAAUUUGGUAGAGGAAGCUUAUGCAUCUAUUUUUGCAGCUAAGCAUUUUCACUACAUUUAUACUUGGAAAUUUGUAGAUAUCUAUUAGUACAGUUUGCAAGAUUAGCUGUUAUAAUACAUCUUUUUCAGAAAACUUUUCUGAAAGGUUGUUAGUUACAUGUAUACACAAAUAAAAUUAUAAUAUAAAAUUUUGUCAAUAUAAUGAAAAUAUGCAUUGUAUAAAUAAUAUUUUCGCAAGAGGAAUUUAUGCAAUAAAGUAUUCCUCUCAAAAAGUACGAAAAAUAUUGCUUGUAGAUUUCACAGCUAUAAAGGCGCAGAUAAUAGCAUUAAGGACAUUUAUACAUGGUCCUAAUUAAAGAUCUGCAAUAUGCAAUACAGAAAUAUUAGAAAAAAUAUUUAAACUGUAUUUGUCUUCAUUGGUUUACCUAAAAUAUUGCCUUAUUACGUAAGACUGAAUUGUUGUUUAACAAUCAGUAAUAAUAAUUAAAUAAUAUUAAGCAAAUAACUUUUAUGUCAUUAAUACUAUAUAAUAUCUACCUGCUAACAUAAAUUAUAUUUGCACAUUUUGUAAAGAUCAAUUGUUUGAAGACCAAUAGAAAAUACAUGACAUGUUCUUCAUAUAAGAUAAUAAAUUGUAAUUCUUAGUGAUACCAAUAUUUAAGAUACGAAAUUAGUUAAGAAACAACAGUAUUUGGAUCUUAUUGCUAUUUACAUAUUACAUAUAUGUAUGCUUUUUAUUAACAAAUUUGCAAAUUGAUAUUUAUAACUUAGUUUUUAAUAAAGUUUUUAUUAAAGGAGCUUUUAAAAACUGCGAUUUUUGAAGAAGGAUAAAUUAAAGCUUGUAAUGUUGGCUUACUUAUUUAUUUGAAAAUCACCCCUCAUUGCUAAUACUGCGCCUUUAAUGAUAUAUAUUACGUCUGUGAAAUUUAGUUCACUAUUUAAAGAAGAAGACAAUAUAAUAGAAAUGUCUAUAGCUAAUAUUUCUAUGCGUUGGCAUAUAUAUACACAUAUACACACACUCGAAUGCAUAACAUAUGCAACAUUAUUGUAGAUAUUAACUCAUAUAUAAUUAGGUGCCUUCAUUUAUUAUAUAGCCAUUCAAGCUUGUACUUUCCGCUGUUGUAUAGAAUAAGAUUACUGAUAUAAUAAAAAAAAGAACGGAGUCAAUUUUAUGUCUACAAUGUAAGAUUUAACGUCCGAAAAUUGUUUUCAAUUCAGUUCCUAUACAUUACUGCGAAACCUUUGCAACACAAACUGUUAUUAAACGUAGUUCUCAGAAAAAAAAGAAAAAAAAAAAUUAAAUGUGCGAAUGUAUUUAUCACUUCACUUUAUAUGAGAACAUAAAUUUGAAUACUAUAUAAAUUAAUAAUUUAAAUCUGUAUAAAUAUAUACAAGAUGUCAGUAAAGAAGAAUUCUUGAAAUGCACAAUAAUUUGAGAUAUGAUAUAUAGAAAAAAUUGUUUAUAAUAAUCAAUUAAAAAUAUAUAUUUCUUAGAUAUUUUCAAUAAUUAACUCGAGUGAUAAAAACUGUUGAACAUUUUUAUUAAUUAUUAAGCUGUUAUUUCAUUCUCCAAAUUCUCUAAAUUACUCUUGUGCAUUUCAUGGAUUUAAAUUUUCUGCUGUUCUGUAUACUAGAUAGUCUAGUAUUUGUCGGCCUUAAAACCCGUCGUUCUUUACAGUAUUUAUAUAUUGUAAACAAUAGGUGCUAAGAAAAUAUUAAAAUAUAAUGUAGAAAAAAUAAUGUCUUUUCUAACGUAAAAAAACCAUUAUUCGAAGUUGUUAAUAAUAUAAAAACAAUACAUUCCUCCUUUUU